AUGAGUUUGUUACUACUUAUAUUUUACAUCGAUGGAAUUAAAACUGCAAGAAUAUUAGCAGUAUACCCGUUACCAUCGAUUAGUCACCAAAUAGUAUUUCGAGCCCUGACCGAUGAGCUGGUGAAACGGGGUCAUGAGGUGACAGUCAUCACCACCGACGCCAAGUACCCGCCAAGAGAAGCACCAAAGAAUCUCACCGAAAUAAAUUUGCACGAUCUGUCUUAUCAAAUUUGGAGGGACGUAUUAUUUCAAAAAUCGUUUAACAGCAUAGAUAAUAUAUAUGAUCAAAUGAGUGCAGUUCUUCGAGCUGGCAGUGCAGUGUUUCAUUCAGUGGUAAAAACGAAAGAAGUACAAGAUAUUAUAAAUAAAAAAUACGGCGAAUAUGAUUUAAUAUUAUUAGAAGCUUGUGUCAGAUCGGCAUUGAUUUUUUCACAUUAUUUUAAAGCACCAGUGAUACAAAUUAGUUCUAUGACUUUAUUCAAAUAUCAUUUAAAAGCAGUCGGUGCUGAUACACAUCCUCUUUUAUAUCCAACACAGUUUCAUCAAAGAUUAUACAAUCUUACGAGAUGGGAGAAGCUUCAAGAACUUUAUAAUGAUUAUCGGAUAGAAAAUCUUAUAAACGAAAUCGCAGAAGAAGACACUAGAGUAUUAAAAUCAAUUUUGGUUUCUGAUUUACCACCCAUACGUGAUCUGUCUAAAAAUGUACACAUGCUGUUUUUGAAUGCACAUCCGAUUUGGGUGGACAAUCAACCAGUACCUCCAAACGUUGUGUUUAUGGGCGGAAUACACAUACCGCCACCCAAGCCCUUACCACAGGACCUGCAGGCGUAUUUAGAUUCGUCUAAAAAUGGUGUAAUAUACUUUAGUCUGGGAACGAAUGUCAGACCUUCUGUUUUGUCUCCGGAGAAGAUAAAUAUAUUCAUAAAAGUGUUUUCUCAACUCCCAUACGAUGUUCUAUGGAAGUGGGACAAGGACGAGCUUCCUGGAAAAUCUGAGAACAUUGAAACCUUCAAGUGGCUUCCACAGUCAGAUCUUCUGAGACAUCCGAACAUAAAGUUGUUUAUAACACAAGGUGGUCAACAGUCGUCGGAUGAAGCUAUAAAUGCGGGAGUCCCUCUCGUCGGUAUACCGAUGCUAGCUGAUCAGUGGUUCAAUGUCGAGAAAUAUGUCCGUCACAAAAUAGGAGUUAAACAAGAAAUGUCUACACUAAAUGAAAUCGAAUUUAAGAAAGCUAUUGAGACUGUCAUCGGUGAUAAAAGCUAUCGUGACAAUAUAAAGCGGUUGCGCAGCAUCAUGUCCGACCAGCCUCAGUCCCCGCUGGAGCGCGCGGUCUGGUGGGUGGAGCACACGCUGCGACACGGCGGCGCCACGCACAUGAGAGCCGCCGGCGCUCACUUGUCGCGGGCGGAAUACUUCGAAAUAGAAUUAUUUCUGAUUAUAAUGACAUCAUUACUGUUUGUUUCAACCCUAUUAUCAUACUAUAUAUCUAAGCUACGGAGAGUUGUAUCACAAAAUAUUAAAAUGUAUCAAAAACCAAAAUCGAUUUAGAUGAAACUAUAAAACGUGAAACUCAACAUCAAAGCUGUAAAUAUAAUAGU